AUGAAAUAUUCAUAAAUAAUAUUUUUUUGCAUAGUUUACUCUUGCUUUUCCUACUCAAUUAAAGAUAAAUUUUGCGGAGAUGAUAAUUGUUACUAACUCUUAUUUUUGAAGAAAGGAGCUUAAUUAAAUGAAAUCAGGAAAUAAUUUAGAGAAUUGUCAAGAACAUUUCAUCCAGAUAAAAAUGAAGGGAAUUAAUUUUAAUAUGUUAAAAUAGUUUAAGCUUACGAAGUUUUAAGUAAUGAGGAAACAAAAACUGCUUAUGAUGAGUAUCUUGAAAAUCCAAAUAGAAGUGAAUUUUAUUAUCACUAUAGAUAUUAUUAACAUGUGUAUCAUCCUUAAACUAAUCCUUAUAUUGUGGUUUCUGUUGCAACUUUUUUAUUAUCAAUUAUUUAAUAUGUAGCUAGAAUUGGUAUGUAUAAAAAUGCAAUUGGAAGAGUGAUGGAAACAACACAUUUCAAAAAGGUUGUUAAUGAUAGAUAAAAGGGAUCCAAAUUAAGUAAAGAAUAAGUCAUUUAAGAGACUUUAAAGGAAGUUAAAAUUACUGGGGCUUGGUCUUAUCCUAAAUUUGAAGAGAUUUGGAUAAUUGCUAUAUUAAAUUUUAUAUAUUCCAUUUUUUAUAGAUUAUACUUUAUGAUCAAAUGGAAAUAUUAUUACAAAGAUGGAAAAAGCAAUAUAGAAAUAAGCAAGAAGGAUUAAGAAUACAAAACAUAAUUGUUAUUAGGUAUAAAUAAAAGCAGAUGGGAAACCGUAGAUAAAGAAUUAUUAAUAGGUCGUUAAUUAUGGAUAUCAGAAAACAUGAAAGAAUUCAACGAAGAGUAACGUUUAAGAUAAGAGGAAUACAUUUAAUAACAUAGCAAUAAGUAUAAACAGUAUAAGAGAUUUCAAAAAAAAAUGUAAUGA